UAGCCAGGCAUGGUGGCACGCACCUGUAAUCCCAGCUACUCGGGAGGCUGAGGUAGGAGAAUUGCUUGAACCCAGGAGGUGGAGGUUGCGGUGAGCCAAGAUCAUGCCAUUGCAGUCCAGCCUGAGCAACAGAGCAAGACUCUGUCUCGAGACAAUAAAAACACACAAAAAAUUAACUCGCCAGGAUGGCACAUGCCUAUAGUCCUAGCUACUUGGGAGGCUGAGGUGGGAGGAUUCCCUUCAGCCCAGGAGUUUGAGGCUGCAGUGAGCCACUAUGAUUGUGCCACUGCACUCUAACCUGGGCAAAAGCGAGACCCCAGGCUAGAGUGCAUGAUUUUGGGUCACUGCAACCUCCACCUCCCAGGUUCAAGUGAUUCUCCUGCCUCAGCCUCUUGAGUAGCUGGGACUACAGGCAUGUGCCACCACGCCUGGGUGAUUUUUGUAUUUUUAGUAGAGACAGGGUUUAGUAGAGACCAUGGUGAAACCCCGUCUCUAUUAAACAAAUCUCUACUAACCCCAUCUCUACAAAAAACAGCUGGGCGUGGUAGUGCACACCUGUAAUUCCAGCUACUUGGGAGGCUGAGGCACGAGAAUCAUUUGCAUCUUGGAGGCAGAGUUUGCAGUGAGCUGACAUCGCACCACUGCACUCCAGCCGGGAUGACAGAGCAAGACCCUGUCUCAAAAAAAGGAAAAAGGAACAAACAACAGCAACGACAACAAAAAACCCUCUGUGUCAAUCACAGCCUUCAAGCUAGGGGAGAGGCGGCCGAAUUCUGCCCUCUGCUAACUAACUAUAGCUUUGUGGAAAUGGGUGAGUGGCAUGCCCUUUUGAGCCUCAGGGCCCCAUCUGUAAAAUGGGCAUAACCGUCAUGCCCGUCUUUAAGAACAGCCUUGGGGGUAAAUGAGUGGAACUCAUGGAAAGAUCUCAGCCCACAACCUUCCACAGAACAGGCGCUUCUCACACAGUAAGUAGCAGGAGUGCAGAGGCUGCAGGCAUGAAUCCAGCCAGACUGCCUGGGUUCAAGUCCCAGCUCCCACGUCUUGGUAACUAUGUGGCCUCAGACAAGUUACUUAAUAUUUCUUUUUUUUUUUCUUUUCAGAAGGAGUUUUGCUCUGUCACCCAGGUUGGAGUGCAGUGGUGUGAUCUCGGCUCAUUGCAACCUCUGCCUCCCGGGUUCAAGCAAUUCUCCUGCCUCAGCUUCCUGAGUAGCUGGAAUUACAGGCACCUGCCACCACACAAAGCUAAUUUUUGUAUUUUUAGUAGAGACGGGGUUUCACCAUGUUGGCCAGGAUGAUCUCGAACUCCUAACCUCAUGAUCCGCCUGCCUCAGCCUCCCAAAGUGCUGGGAUUACAGGCGUGAGCCACCAUGCCCAGCCAAAUCUAGGGCCAGAACGUGGCUGCAGCAUAUAAAAAGAAUUGAAUUCCAUACUUUUGUUAACCCUGUUUUUUGUUUGUUUGUAGUUGUUGCUGUUUUUGAGACAGAGUCUCGCUCUGUCGCCUAGGCUGGAGUGCAGUGGUGCAAUCUCGGCUCACUGCAGACUCUGCCUCCGGGGUUCAAACUAUUCUCCUGCCUCAGCCUCCCAAGUAGGUGGGACUACAGGUGCCCACCACCACACCCGGCUAAUUUUUGUGUUUUAUUAGAGACAGGGUUUCACCAUAUUGGCCAGGCUGGUCUGGAACUCCUGACCUUGUGAUCCGCCCACCUCGGCCUCCCAAAGUGCUGGGAUUACAGGCGUGAGCCACCACACCCAGCCCCUCUUUUGUUUUUGUUUUGCUUGCUUCUUAGGGUUGUUUUUCUAUUUAUGGUAAAGGCAUUGGCUUUCCAUUUGUAGCAUCAAUAGAAUAUUUCCUGUUUACAAUAACCUUAUGUCAUAGUAAAUGGUAAAGGGAUUUAAAGCAGUGGUUUUCAGCUGCCAGAGGCCUGAGAGAGUUUGGGCAUACUCUGUGUGAUCGGGCAGAAGACCUGUGGGAAGUUUAGCAGAGGACAGGGCCAGGAAAGGUGAUGGACAGUGGGGGUCUGUCCUGGUCACCAGGCCCCUGGGUCCUGCCCACCUGCUUGGAGCUCCCCACCCAUCACACAUGAUGCUGCCAAGCCCUCUGGGUAUUGUGGGCAAAUACCUUAGGAGAGAAGCUGAUGAACUUUGUUUCUUGAAAUGCACAGAUUCCUUGGACAUCCCUGAGAGGUCAAUCAUGAAAGUCAACUUGGUUUUCUCCCCCUCAUUUGGGUUCAGAAUUUAAAGUCCACACACACAGGCAGUAAGAUGAUAUAGAUAAGGACAUCAUCACUCGGUUUCGGAUGUUAAAAUGUCUAGGUGGGUUAGGGGUGAUUUGCGAUCACACAACCUUGUGGCACAAAGAGGAAUUCCCAGGCCAGAGGGAGACAUUUUAUUGCCAUGUUAUGAUCUUAUCAUUGAGUUGAAAGGCAAUCUUGUUUCAUUUUGGAUUCUUUCUUAUGUUUAUGUCUUCUAAGGGCACUUUGAAUUUCCAAGCAAAUAAUAAUUUUGAAUUAGCUUUUAAUCAUUGACUUCUAGCACAGUUAUAUGAUCAGAAACAUGCUGUGUGAUUUGAUUGCUCUCAAAUAUAUUGAGAUUUGCUGGAACAAAAUAAGUCAGGUUAAUUUUUGUAAAUGUACCAUGCAUGCUUAAAAUGAAUGUAUCUACAUUUGUUCCUGAGAUACAGGUUGAUGGACGGAUGGCUACAUGGAUGUGAUGGAGAUGGUUUACUAUCGGGACCUUCCGCAUCCUGCUGAUGUUUUGUUGCUUAGGAUAUGAAUGGCUGAGCGGAGGCUGUAAAACCUGGCACCCUGCUUGGGUAUGAGGUUCUUCCUGCCAUCCUGCCAUCAUUUGUUUUUUAUGUUUUGUCGCCAAAAGUGACCUUGAGGAACCCUGGGAGCUCAGGAAGGAAGGAGCGCCCAGAAGCAGGGACAGGGAGCUGGUUGGGGAGGACCAGAAAUCAGGUUUGUGAAGGUUCCAGAGAGGACCUGUCCUUGCGAGGAGUGUGGGAGACUGAGAUGGGGGAGGGGUCAUUGGAAUGAUGCGGGCGCUACUUGGCGUUGUCCAUUGUGAGGCACCACCGGGGUCAUCAGGGAUUGGUGGAGAGGGAGUAUAAAGCCCCAGGGUUGCCAAGGGAGGGCCCAGACCGAAGAAGGUUUGGUGGAUAGCAGAACCUUUUUGUCUCCCUCUAAUUGCUCCUAAGCCUCACGCUCCCUUGCCCCGCGUGUCCUGUUGCUUCCCUGAUCUUCUCCGUGACCUGUAGCUAAACCUUCCACCAGCGCUUGAGAACUUAAUUUGAACCGGAUCCUUUCCCAGACCCCUUUCUUCUUCUCCUCGUCCUCCUCCUCCACCUCCUCCAGGUGCCCAACAGCCCCCUUCUCCUCCUUUCCCUUCCCUUACUUCCCCCCUUCCCCUCCCCUUCCCCUCCCCCUCCCCUCCCCCUCCCCAACUCAGAUCCGGCCCCGGUCCCCGUCCCCUUCCCUCCCCCCUGCCCUAAGCCACCUCCACCUCUGUCCUGGCCGCCUCAGGGCGCCCUGAAAGGACCAGGACAUGCGGCUGCGGCUGCGGUGGUGGCUCCUCUUUUGGCUCCUGCUGGGAUUUAUCAGCCAUCAUCCCACCCCUGUUAUCAAUACUCUGGCUGUCUAUCGUCAUCGUGAGACUGACUUUUGUGGAGGAGUUCGAGACCACCCUGGCCAACAUGGCAAAACCCCAUCUCCACAAAAAUUGGAUAAUUUGAUAAUUAUCAUUAUUGGGUUUCUGAGACCUUACACAUUUACCAUUCUCUUCUGCACAAAUUACCUUUGUGUGUCUUUCCUGAAGACUAUCUUCUGUUCUCGAAAUGGACAUGAUGGAUCCACGGAUGUACAGCAGAGAGCCUGGAGGUCCAACCGACGUAGACAGGAAGGAAAUAAAAUUGGCCUGAAAGACGUCAUUACUCCAUGGAGACAUGUGGAAAGAAAAUUUAGAGCGAAAAUCCAUAAGAGGAAGGUGACAACGAAAAUCAACCAUCAUGACAAAAUCAAUGGAAAGAGGAAGACCGCCAGAAAACAGAAAAUGUUUCAACGUGCGCAAGAGUUGCGGCGGCGGGCAGAGGACUACCACAAAUGCAAAAUCCCCCCUCCUGCAAGAAAGCCUCUUUGCAACCGGGUCAGAAUGGCGGCAGCGGAGCAUCGUCAUUCUUCAGGAUUGCCCUACUGGCCCUACCUCACAGCUGAAACUUUAAAAAACAGGAUGGGCCGCCAGCCACCUCCUCCGACUCAACAACGUUCUAUAACGGAUAACUCCCUGAGCCUCAAGACACCUCCUGAAUGUCUCCAUCGUCCCCUUCCACCCUCAGUGGAUGAUAAUAUCAAGGAGUGUCCUCUUGCUCCUCUUCCACACUCUCCUCUUCCACCCUCAGUGGAUGAUAAUCUGAAGGAAUGUCUCCUUAUCCCUCUUCCACCCUCUCCUCUUCCACCCUCAGUGGAUGAUAAUCUGAAGGAGUGUCUCCUUAUCCCUCUUCCACCCUCUCCUCUUCCACCCUCAGUGGAUGAUAAUCUGAAGGAGUGUCUCCUUGCUCCUCUUCCACCCUCUCCUCUUCCACCCUCAGUGGAUGAUAAUCUGAACGAGUGUCUCCUUGCUCCUCUUCCACCCUCAGUGGAUGAUAAUCUGAAGGAGUGUCUCCUUGCUCCUCUUCCACCCUCUCCUCUUCCACCCUCAGUGGAUGAUAAUCUGAAGGAGUGUCUCCUUGCUCCUCUUCCACCCUCAGUGGAUGAUAAUCUGAAGGAGUGUCUCCUUGCUCCUCUUCCACCCUCAGUGGAUGAUAAUCUGAAGGAGUGUCUCCUUGCUCCUCUUCCACCCUCUCCUCUUCCACCCUCAGUGGAUGAUAACCUGAAGGAGUGUCUCCUUGCUGCUCUUCCACCCUCAGUGGAUGAUAAUCUGAAGGAGUGUCUCCUUGCUCCUCUUCCACCCUCUCCUCUUCCACCCUCAGUGGAUGAUAAUCUGAAGGAGUGUCUCCUUGCUCCUCUUCCACCCUCUCCUCUUCCACCCUCAGUGGAUGAUAAUCUGAAGACUCCUCCCUUAGCUACUCAGGAGGCUGAGGCGGAAAAACCACCCAAACCCAAGAGGUGGAGGGUGGAUGAGGUGGAACAAUCACCAAAACCCAAGAGGCGGAGGGCGGAUGAGGUGAAACAAUCGCCCAAGCCCAAGAGGCAGAGGGAGGCCGAGACACAAUUACCCAAACCCAAGAGGCGGAGGGCGGAUGAGGUGGAACAAUCGCCCAAGCCCAAGAGGCAGAGGGAGGCCGAGACACAAUUACCCAAACCCAAGAGGCGGAGGUUGAGUAAGCUGAGAACACGCCAUUGCACUCAAGCCUGGGCAAUAAGAAUAAAUCCGUGGGUCGAAAAAAAGAAAAAAAUCAAAAAAUAAAACAAAACCCACACUCCAAAAACAAACUAACAAGGAAUAAAUAAAUAAUAUAAAAAUAAAAUAAAUACUGCAGUCCUUAUGUUAUUGCUUUGUUUCAGUAUCUGGUAUGAUU